CUCUGUAGUGCGCAGGUGGAGACUGGGGAGGGAGAAAUCUCAGUUUGAAGUCUCAGUCUUCCUCAUUUCAACAGACUACAGCAGCGUCCGUCGGACCAUCAGCUCAGUCCCAUCAUACGAUGCAGUUUUGAGAAAUCAUAACACCUACGUGGAUUUAUUGCACUCCAAGUUAUGCAUGUGACCAAAACAAUGACCUGUUGUUAUUUUUGGCACUGUUCUCUGCGCUGAACGACUAAAGAAUCCCUAAAUAUUGGGAGCAUCAUCUCAGGGAACGGACUCUCUGGCGGAGCGCAGGACGGGAUGGGAUCGCAACAGCGCGUUUAGGAAACGGGAAUGGCAAGUUUAAACGUACAUGCACUGCGGAUGCUGGCUAAAAAACACGCGAGGUACGGCUUUAAAUGAAGUUUAAAAAGUAAUAAUCUGCAAUAACUCAAUAAUCGGCUGUGCAUGAACUGCUCCGUCAGUGGCGGACUGUUAGUUCUUCACAUUAAGCAGCGCUGGUUCUUCGGGCACAAUGAAAUCCAUCUUCUACACGCGCUUUUUCAUCCUUCUUCCGUGGAUCUUGAUAGUGAUCAUCGUGAUCGACAUCGAUACGAAGAGGCUGUCUGUGCGGAACACGGCCAGCUUUUAUUUGUCUCGUCUGGGAAAUGUGCAGCAGCAGCAGCGACGGCAGGUCAUCAGGACGACUCGCACCAGCAGCAGCAGCAGCAGCAGCAGCGGGAGGAACGCAACAUCUCUCCCGGUCAUUUAUGCCAUCACUCCUACUUACAGCCGAGCGGUGCAGAAAGCAGAGCUCACCCGCUUGGCAAAUACGUUCCGCCAGGUACCGCAGUUCCACUGGAUCUUAGUGGAGGACUCGAACUCCCACUCGGAGCUGGUUUCUCGGUUUCUCGCCCGCUCUGGGCUGCGAUACACUCACCUGAACGUGUUCACCCCGCGCAGGUUCAAGCGGACAGGGAUGCCCCGAGCGACCGAGCAGAGGAACUUGGCGCUCGGCUGGCUGAGAGGACACCGAUCGUCCAAAGAUAAAGGAGUCGUUUUCUUCGCGGAUGAUGAUAACACUUACAGCCUUGAAUUAUUUGAAGAGAUGCGGUCAACCAGGAGAGUGUCAGUGUGGCCAGUGGGACUCGUUGGAGGACGGAGGUACGAGCGGCCUUUGGUGGAAAAGGGGAAAGUGGUCGGCUGGUACACUGGUUGGAAGGCCGACAGGCCAUUUGCAAUUGACAUGGCUGGCUUUGCAGUGAACCUGCAGGUGAUCCUGUCAAACCCGCGUGCCCUGUUCAAGAGAAGAGGAGCUAAGCCAGGAAUGCAAGAGUCGGAUUUCCUCAAACAAAUCACUAAGGUGGAGGACUUGGAGCCAAAGGCCAAGAACUGUACCCAGGUGCUGGUCUGGCAUACCCGCACUGAGAAGGUCAACCUGGGUAACGAACCAAAGCGGCAACAGGACUCGGUCUAUAUAGAGGUCUAGCGAGCAACACUGCACUAAGACUGUCACAGAACACUGGAUGAAGGCCCGCCAUCAGCAGCACUUUCCAAAUCGAUGGCCACCUUCCUUUGAACUUUAGGAUACUUGCUCUGGUGGAAAAGACACGCCAAGCGGUCUCGGGAUUCUCUACUGACACGCACUGUAUCUGCUGGAGCUUCUCACAGUGGCGUCACACUGGAUUACCUGUAACAUGGUUGAGUAGAAACCAUGGAUAAGGGGUUUUCGAAUGGCAACGUGAAAACUUGAUCCUAUUCCCAAUGCGGUAGUCAACUACCAUUUCAGACUCUGGACACUCAAAGAAUCAGAUCAAUGUCUGUGAAUGCAAGAAAAGGACCAGCUGCUUGAAUAAUGUACAAAGAGGUUGAAGGAUGCUGAAAAGAAUCGCCCUAUCCACAAAAAAAAAGGAAUAGUGGAUGGAAUAAUGGAUGGGCAAACCCUGGAAAUACCGUCUAAAGCGCGAGACACCAUUACAAGGACAGAACUUUUGGAUUACAACUGUCUUUAUUCCAAACGACCCUCUUUAAAAGCAAAAAAAAAAAAAAAAAAA